AUGCUAGCACUAGCAGUCUCGGCAGAACUCGAAGGUGUCACCGACCUCCAGCCUGAAGACACCGAAAACACACCUUUCUACUACACAUUCAAGGUUCAGUGCACAUCAUGUCGAGAGAUACAUCCAAAUUGGGUGUCCGUGAGCAGAUUCGAGCAAAAUGAGCAAUCCGGCAGUAGAGGCGAGGCGAAUUUCGUGUGGAAAUGCAAGAAUUGUAAGCGUGAGCACUCGGCCAACAUCGUAGACAAGCCAAAAUCAUACGCCCAGCAAAGUCCCGCCAAGCUUCAGAAUAUCUUGACGUUUGACUGUCGAGGGUUGGAAUUUGUGGAAUUCAAGGCUGAUGGAGAAUGGAAUGCUAUAGGAAUCGAAUCAGGCACCAAGUUCUCUGGGAUAGAUUUGACCGAAGGCGAAUGGUUUGAUUAUGACGAGAAAGCUGGCGAGGAAGUCAGCAUCAAGGAUAUUAAAUGGGAGAUUCGAAGGGCUUGA